AUGUUAUUUUUUCUAUCAUUCAUUAUAAUAAAUGAUUUGUAAUUGGAACUCUAACUAUAUGAUUAUUAAAAAGGAGACAUAACUUAUACAGCAUAUUCACUAAAUAGGUAAAUAUAAAUUUAGGUUUCCAUUAAAACUGUUGGUUCAAACUAUUAAAUGGUAAUAUGACAAUAUUAAUCCUUAUUCAUUGAUAUAUUCUAAAAAUCCUAUCAAUAACUAUUAAUGUAUUCAUUGUCCAUCAAUUGUCUAAUAAUUUGAUUGUAAAGAAAUCUGAUAGUUUUGAAAAGCUUUUGAUUUCUGAAUCAACUACAUUAUAAAACUCAAAUAAAUGCAUCUUAACUAAAAAUGAAAAUAAAUUAAAUAUAAAAAUUAGAAUAUCAUGCUGGAUCAACCUUCAUUUUGAUAAUUUUUAGAUUUGUUUAACUUAUGAUAUUUCUAAUUAACAAUAUAAAUAAAAUCUAGUUAUGAGUUCAACAUAAUUAAUAGAAUCUCAAAAUAAAUCAAAACGAUUUUAUUAGUAAAUAACAUUUUUGAAUUAGAUUAGAAUAAAACAAUUUAAGAUCAAUCGAAAUUAUAAUUCUAAUUAUUUUAAAAGGAUAUUUAAUAACUUAAAAAAGAAAAUAAUUAAUUUUGAUUUAACAACUAAAAAUAAUUAUUUACCUUAGAUAUUAUCAAAAAGAUAAAAUCCUAUAAAAAAAAACUAUUAAAGCUCAGAAUUUCUUUUACAUUUUUUUUCCUUAGAAAUUGUGAGACUAAUGGGCCUAUGCUCAAAAAUAGACUUUAUCGAUAAAAUUUAAAAAAAUACAAAUUGAAUUCAAUGGAUUAUCAAAUACAUAAAUCUCUAAAUCAUAUUUUUUUAGAAAAAUUAAUUAAAAUGUGAAUUACAUAUAUUCCCUCUAAAGCACUUCUUCAAUUUUGGGAAAUUAAUUCGUUUAGUAAAUAUUUAUUAUUAACUAUACAUAAAAUGGAGCAAUAUCCAAUUCAAAAGAAAAUAAAAUCAUAAUUGGAUAAUCAAUUAAGAUAUUGAAGAUAAAAUUAAAUUUUCUAAUCAUUCCUUAUAUUGUUUAUUAAAAGGUUUCUUAAUGUUAUUUCGAUUAUUAUCUUUAAUGAUAAUACUAAAUUAAAUUCUUAAAUUAAUCUUAAAUAAAAUAUCCUUAGAGCAGCUAUUGAAGCCAAAAUAUGAACAACGAUAACCAAACCCUUUAUAAGUUGUAUCAAAAACAUAAAAUAUAUUCAAACCUUAUAAUAUAGAGUUAUCUACAAAUUAGUAAAUGGUUUAUUCAAAAAGAUGA